AUGAGCCUACAAAAUUCAACCAAUAAUCGGAAUUAUCAAAUUGAAUGCUCUUUAAAUAAUUUAUUACAAUCAGGAGUGGAUAUAUCAAAAAAGAAACAUAAUGGAUCUGUUCUUCAUUGUCAAUUUAGUAAAGGAAAUGGUCAAUAUUGUAUGAGUGCUGGUGCAGAUAAGAAUAUUAAAUUAUUAAAUCCAUAUAAAUCAUUUUUUGUGUUGAAGGAAUAUAAAUCUCACGGAUAUGAAGUAUUUGAUAUUGAUAUAUCGAACGAUAAUAAUUAUUUUGUGAGUGCAAGCGCUGAUAAAAAUGUAUUUUUAUGGGAUGUUUCAACAGGUGAAGUGAAGAGGAGAUUUAAGGAACAUAAAGGAAAAGUGAAUUGUGUAAAAUAUAAUUUUAAUAAUGAAAUAAUCAUGUCAGGAUCAUAUGACAGAACUUUGAAAGUAUGGGAUGUCAGAUCUGCUUCAUAUAAAUCUGUGCAAAAUUUGGGAGAUUUUCAAGAUAGUGUUUCGAGUAUUACUAGCUCAGAUUCGAGUAUUAUUGCUGGAUGUGUUGAUGGAACAGUUCAUAUUUAUGACAUUCGUAUGGGUAAAUUGAAAGUGGACGAUUUAGGAGGAGCAUCAGUUGGUCAUGUUUCAAUAAGUAAAAAUUACAAGACCUAUUGUUGCAGUUUGCUGAAUUCUACAAUAUUAAUGAUUGAGAUUGAAAGUGGGAAUAUCCUUAGGACAUUAACAGGACAUACUAACGAAAAGUAUCAAAUUAAGCAUACUAUUUCGAAUGAUGAUAGAUAUUUGUUGAGUGGAGAUGAGAAUGGAAAUAUUUUUGAAUGGAAUUUAGAAAAUGAGCAAUCUUGCAAAAUACCAAAGAUUGACUCAGAUUCUACACCAGUUGUCUCAAUAGAUUAUCAUCCAAAGGGUAAGUACUAA